GCUUCCGGUGCGGGGCUGAGGGGAGGCCGUUACUAGAGGGGGCGGUUCGGCCAUGGGAAAGAAGCACAAGAAACACAAAGCAGAGAAAGCGGAAUGGCGCUCUGCUUCUGCCACCGCGUACAGCGAUUAUGUAGAUAAACCUUUGGAAAAACCCUUAAAGCUGGUGCUUAAAGUUGGAGGAAGUGAAGUGACUGAACUUUCUGGGUCAGGGCAUGAUUCUAGUUACUAUGAUGACCGAUCAGAUCAUGAGCGAGAACGCCAUAAAGAAAAGAAGAAAAAAAAGAAAAAGAAGUCUGAGAAGGAAAAAGAAAAGCAUCUAGAUGAUGAGGAAAGAAGAAAGAGAAAGGAAGAGAAAAAGAGAAAAAGGGAGAAAGAACAGUGUGACACUGAAGGAGAAACUGAUGACUUUGAUCCUGGGAAAAAAGUGGAGGUUGAACCUCCUCCAGAUCGUCCUGUCAGAGCAUGCAGAACGCAGCCAGCUGAAAAUGAGAGCACACCAAUCCAGCAAUUACUGGAACACUUCCUUCGCCAGCUUCAAAGGAAAGAUCCUCAUGGGUUUUUUGCUUUUCCAGUCACGGAUGCCAUUGCUCCUGGAUAUUCUAUGAUAAUAAAGCACCCCAUGGAUUUUGGUACAAUGAAGGAAAAAAUUGCAGCAAAUGAAUACAAAUCAGUCACUGAAUUCAAGGCAGAUUUUAAACUGAUGUGUGAUAAUGCAAUGACUUACAACAGACCAGAUACUGUUUACUACAAACUAGCCAAGAAGAUACUGCAUACAGGCUUUAAGAUGAUGAGCAAAGAACGGCUGUUAGCUUUGAAGCGCAGCAUGUCGUUUAUGCAGGACAUGGAUUUUUCUCAGCAGGCAGCUCUUUUGGGUGAUGAAGACACAGCAGUUGAGGAACCUGUCCCUGAAGUUGUUCCUGUACAAGCAGAGACUACCAAGAAAUCCAAAAAGCAAAAUAAAGAAGUUAUUAGCAAAACUUCCUUGUGUAUCAGAUCUGAAUAUCUAUACAGAGAGAAAUUCUUAGCUAAGCAAAUGGAAGAAGAUAACCCAGGAGAGAGAAAUGGAUUUGGUGUGAGGAGAUGCUCUACCCAGUACCUAAGUUGCAUAUUUGAACCUGAGGGAAAUGCGUGCAGCCUGACAGAUAGCACUGCUGAAGAACAUGUCCUGGCACUAGUGGAACAUGCAGCAGAUGAAGCUCGGGAUAGGAUCAAUCGAUAUCUACCCAACAGCAAGAUUGGUUAUCUAAAAAAAAAUGGAGAUGGAACUUUAUUAUUUAAUGUAGUAAAUUCAUCUGAUCCAGAAGCAGAAGAGGAAGAGACUCACCCAGUGGAUUUGAGUUCACUGUCAAGCAAAUUAUUACCUGGCUUCACUACGCUGGGCUUUAAAGAUGAACGAAGAAAUAAAGUAACCUUUCUUACAAGUGCCAGUACAGCACCUUCUAUGCAAAACAACUCUAUAUUUCAUGAUUUGAAAUCAGAUGAAAUGGAGCUCUUGUACUCAGCAUAUGGUGAUGAAACAGGGAUACAGUGCGCCUUAAGCUUACAAGAAUUUGUGAAGGAUGCUGGAAAUUACAGCAAGAAAAUAGUAGAUGAUCUUCUGGACCAGAUCACUAGUGGAGAUCAUUCCAAAACUAUGUAUCAGCUAAAGCAGAGGCGAAACAUCCCAGUAAAACCACUGGAUGAAGUUAAAGUUCUGCCAGUUCUCAUAAAAGAAGAACACAAGUUGCGUAAUACCUGUCCAGAUUCUUCCAAACAGAUUAUGGUUGGAGAAUCUGCUGGAGACAGUAACACUUCUGACUUGGACUUUCUGUCUAUGAAACCAUACUCAGAUGUAUCUCUUGAUAUUUCUAUGUUAAGUUCAUUAGGGAAAGUGAAGAAGGAGCUUGAUCACGACGAUAACCAUUUACAUCUGGAUGAAACAACUAAGCUGCUGCAGGACCUUCAUGAGGCUCAGGCUGAGAGAGUGGGAUCCCGGCCAUCAUCCAAUUUGAGUUCCCUCUCCAAUACCUCUGAAAGAGACCAGCAUCAUCUUGGAAGCCCAUCUCAUCUGAGUGUUGGAGAGCAGCAAGACAUGGUUCAUGACCCCUAUGAAUUUCUUCAGUCUCCAGAAACCUCAAAUGCCACUACUAACUAAUCUGACAUGUACUAUAUAUAUAUUUUGUAUUUUAAUUGUAUUAUGUUUUUAUAAAGUUUUUGUCCAUGGCAGAAACCUCAAUUUUGUUCCUCUUUUCUAUGAGGAUUCCUGUAUAAUAUUAUUAUGUAUGCUGGAUUAGACAAAACAAAACAAACAGCAUAGUAUGUCACAUUGUUAGCAAUGUACCAAGACCUGCUUUUGGUUUGUUUGUUGAGGAAGAUUGUUGUGCACUGGUGUGUGUGUGUCUUAGCUGAAAACCAACAAAUAAUGUGUUAGAAAAAUUUGUAUUUCAUAGAAAGUAAAAGGUGAUAAUUUUCCCAGUAUAAUGGCAGCAGUCACUAAAUGUUUCUAGUAAAAUUAUCUACCAGUUCUGUUCAGGUUCUAAGUUGAACAUCUUCAAGGAGGACUAUUUUAUUCUAGCAGUGACAGAGCUGCAUGAAUUGUGAUUAUUAUUGUAUUUCCCAUCUCCUAUUGCUAAUGAUCUGUACAAGUUUUUUCUGUUUCCACGUAUUUAAAUCUUUUUUUAAUCACUCAAGAGGAGAGUAACAGUGCUUCAUAGCUGCAUCAAAAUGCUCACUAUGAGAAUUCUACCCUGGAUCUAAAAAAAAGAUGGAUGUUUUUGUGGUCCCUUGUGUCUUGAAACAAAGAAAAUUUAAUCCUUUUAUUUUUUAAUUUGAUAUGUAUAUAUUGGCUGAAAAAAAAAUCUGGGUAAGGUGUGCUUUUCAGUAAUUUCAACAAUACUUCUAUAAUUCAGUAUUGAUGAAACUCUGGGGGUUUUGUACCCUUGAUACAUGCAAGCUGGGCAAAUUUAUGGAUUUACAAUAUUUUGUAAAUAUUAAUAAAAAUACUAAGCCACUUUUUAUUUUUGCAAAUACCUUGUUCUUGCCAAGAUAAAAUUAAUUGAUCUUCCCAGCUCCUUCCCCACCCCACUUAAGCAAUGUGAUUUGUGUUUAGCUGUUAGAUGUCAUUUUAUGUUAAAUCGGCUGGUUUCUGAUGAUUUGGUGAUUCUGGUGGCUGCCUUUUCCUCUCUGUGUGCUAGCUGACUGCUCCUUCUGUUGCACAAAAUAAUGUGUGGGAUUUCCACCUAAACUGGAUCAAAAACUUUUGAGUUUCAAACAUUCUUCUUUGCUUUCCUCCUAGUCAGUCAAUUUCACAAUUAAAGGAGCAGUGGUGCCCACCUAAAGGCUGGAAGUAAAGUAAGGAUCAGGAGAGAGCUUUUGAAAUCAUCAUUGGCAAUGAUAACAAAGCCUGCAUGAGUUACCUUGAUUGUAAAGGAUUUAAUACCGAUUCUUCUGUAGGAGCAAAGCUCUGUGGCAUAUUCCUGUGCCAGUGCAUCAUUGUUGUGUCUUGCCUUAAUAAUGAACAGAAACACAGAUUUUGAUAAGAUAGUUUGAUAAAUCAGGUAUCUUACCUGUGCCAGCCUUCUUUGAUGAAAGUAUCUUGGGUUUGCAGUUCAUCCUGAGGUGAAAAGUUUUUGUAUAUAAAAUUGUGCUAUUUAUCUGUUACAGGGUUAAAUCUUGGAGUGUAUUUUUAAUCAUAAGGCUGCAAGCACUUUGAUUUUGAUUUUUUAAUUUUUUUUUUAAUUAUUUUAUUUACAUAUAGAAUACUGGCAUAUUCUGGUCUAGAAAAGUUGGGAUUGCACAACACAAAUGCACAGGAGAUCUGCCAGAGGUCAUAGCAGAGCCAAGAUACUUAUCACAUGAAGUAUUGAGGAAUAAUUACUUUUGAGUGUAUAGAAAACAUAUUCCAUAGUGCACGUGUGUAAUUCUGUGGGGAAGGAGGUUUUUUUUUAUUAUUAUUAAACUUGGGCCAAAGAUUUUAUAUAAAACAAUUUGGGGAUGUUUUUGGAGAGUCAAAUUAAAUGUCAAUUCUACUGGAAUUCUACUAGUACACUGUUUUGUGUAGAAAUGGAGUCAAGUUUAACAUGUACAUUGAGUUUACUAUUCAGACACCACAUCCAUCCCAAAGAAAUGCCAAACCUUCACUGUUAUGCUACUGCAGUACUGUACUGUACACAUCACCAAGAUCUGUUUGCACCCAUGAAUUCCUUGUUUCAAGAGGGUCACUUUGCUGCAGGCUUAAGCUGCAGUAACUGUAUUUGUGGCUACCAAUUGCAGGUACACAAUAUAGAAAUCAAUUACAUCACUAGUAGAAGUAGCCUGUACCAACUUUAAAGGGCUGGGUUGAUUCACAAGACAUGAAUCAAUGGGCACAUGAAAUCAACAAUUAGUAUCUUUUGAAACCAAGAAGACUGUGUUUUACAAGCAGGUUAUUUUGAUCACACCUUUGUGUUUUGUGUUUUAAAAUUAAUUGUGGAUUUGCAGUAACCCCUGCAGAAAAUAUUUUGAGUAAGUAAAAUAAACCUGGUUGUUUCUGA